GAAACUUGACUCUUGCUUAGGCAAGAACUUGACCUCAGACUUCCUUCCAACAUCAUUUUGUAAAACUUCGCGAACUCUGUGCGUUCGCUUUCUCGGUUGUCCAAGUCACGUUUUGAACUAUAUCUGAGAGAAGGAGAAGCAUAUACGGCAGCCAUUCUAUUUUUGUUGGGCAAUAGCAGCCUGCUCUAUCUGUACAUAAGCGCGGAUUGCAACACUGCCUCGCUCACCAGCGGUUAAGCAACCAGCCUUAAAUAGGACCUAAAAGUACGGACACUAUACCCCGCAGUACAACAAAGAAAAAUAAUUCGGAAUGGCGCCUUCAGAGGACGCUCGUAAGCGAAAAACCGCUCACGAGAACUCGACAACGUCGCCGAAGAGGCUGCGAAGACGCAGAGAACCGAUAGAGAAUAUCGGAACCUCAUCUCAUGAGACCGAGGAUACGCCGUAUGGCCAGUGUAGUGCGGUGUCCAGCUCGUCUUCCACGCCCAGGACGUCUCAUCUUAUGGUGUCACCUCUUCCGCCUUCGACCAUUGCCGAGGAGGCGGAAGAGACCAACGAUUAUGAUGACGGAUCAGGUGACAGCGUUUCUUCUGCGCCGUCAUCCGCCAUAUCAGAUGUCCCACCUUGGGACCCAAGCUUCGACAUAACGAGCAUGUUGUCACGGCCGGCAAGCGAAUCCUCUUCCUCCAGUUUCGUGCGCAACCUGCGAGCUUUCCAGAGCCGCCCUGGCAUGCUCACCAAGAUAAGCGAUCAGUGGCGCCAGGCUACUCGUGAGCCCGUGGCCGAACCAAGGUCCAGGGCGGGCCCGAGUUCAAGCUGCUUUCGAGCUCAGAAUCUCGAGGCUCGGCCCAGUUCCGUACCCUUCCUCGAUGUGCCACGUGAGCUUCGCGACCAGAUUUACAGGGAGAUCUAUGUGCACGACGGUGCCAUUUCGAUUCGCCAGCCUAAGUUCCAUUUGCCGGUGCGGGCACAUCCGGGCAAGCCGAUGGCCUUGAUGAGAACGCACCGCCAAAUUUAUGAGGAGGCAAUGGCUAUCUACAUCGGUCAUAAUGAUUUCAUACUUGAUCUCAAUAUCUUGACCGCCAUUGAUUUCCUAGCGGCGAUGCCUCAAAAAAUAAGUCAACACUUCACGAACAUUACGUUAGGAAAGUCGAUCAUGAGUGGCUAUGUGAGAUACGAAUUGGGAAUGUUUGACUCUUCCAGGCUUCGCACAGAUCUGGUCAAGCGACUGGUUUAUGACUGGAACUUGAAGACGAUAUCUAUAGAGGUGCCCGACGAGCACAACCCAAACCCCUUCACUAUAGGAAUCAAUAAUCAGGGACACCACGGUGCGAAUGGAGUAGCACCGGCUGGCGUAUUCUUCAACCUCUCCACCUUUCACCCACGCCAUGACUACUCGUGGUCGCUCAUGCGCGAGCUCGUCGAUGUCCUUUUAGAAUCAGGAUUCGACAACCUGAGACUCAUCUACAACACGCCUCUCCCGCCACACCUUAAUGUCGACUCUGAUCCCAAGAAGUUGCUCAAUCUAUAUGCACUGGCUAGAAUACUGUAUCUAGACGAUGAAUACGAGGUUGAGACACAGAUCAAGCGCAUUGAGGCGGCUAGAGCUGCUGGAAGAAGGAACGAGUUUCCGAACAAAAUGGCCGUGGAGAGGUUUGUGAGGGAACGACGGACGAUAAGAAAGUUCGCCGUGGGAGUCGGUUUGAAGAAGGACUGGGAAGAAGGUAGCGUAAUUGUGAUUAGAAGACCUGGGACUACGGAGAAAGAUAAAGAGAAAACGUAUGACAUUGGAGACUUGAUGGCAAUGCCGGGAGCGAGUGUUUCAACGGAUCAGUGAGGGUUCAAACUGUAGGGUCUAGAUUAACAAAUAAAGGAGAAAAUGUGCAAGAUAUUACCACGUGAGAUAUGUGGCGUCG